CAAGAAAACCAUCCCAAGCUAGCAAAGCCUGCCAAGCUUCCCCACAGACCAGUAAGAGCAAUGGCGCCGUCUAAGCUCGCCCUCUUCCUCGCCCUGAACCUGAUCCUCCUCGCCGCCGUACAGGGUUGCGGGCCCAACUGCCCGCCUGUCGUUCCUACCCCGCCGAUCCGCCCACCGCCUGUCGUGCCAUCGACUGGCGGGGGCAGCUGCCCGAUCAACACGCUGAAGCUGGGCGUGUGCGCCAACGUGCUGAACCUGCUGAAGCUCAGGAUCGGUGUGCCGGCGAACGAGCAGUGUUGCCCGCUCCUGGGCGGGCUCGCCGACCUCGACGCCGCUGUGUGCCUCUGCACCGCCAUCAGGGCCAACAUCCUCGGCAUCAAGCUCGACGUCCCCAUCGACCUGACCCUCCUCCUCAACCAGUGCGGCAAGAAGUGCCCCGCCAACUUCAUCUGCCCCAUCUGAUCCAUCCAUCCAUGGCUGAAUGUUAUUACAUGCAUAAUCGUUCAACUCGUAACCAGUUUGCUUGUCAUACGCGCGCACCAUACGUAUGAUUUUUCUGUUACAGUUCGUAUGUCAGGCGUUUGCGUGGGCUCCCUCGCUCGUGCAUGCAUGCUUGAUAGGCUUGUGAUUGAUCAAUGUCAUUGUAUCCUGUUAUGGUAGUAAAUGCAUGAUUUGAAUAUUUGUAAAAGGAUAUACAUCCUUGUACACGUACCUGGAAUGAAAAGUUUGUUUAAGACUUCAA